AUGACAAUUAAAGCUGUUAUUUUCGAUAUUGGUGGCGUUUGUGUAGGUUCACCUAUGGCUGGCAUCCAUGCCUACGAACAAAAGCAUGGUUUGCCAAGAAAUUAUAUCAAUGUUGCAAUUGUACGACAAGGUGAAAACGGUGCCUUUCAGAAAUUAGAAAGAGGAGAACUCAAGUUGAAUGAUUUCUAUAAAAACUUUGGUCUGCAACUGUCUGACCCCACCAAUAAGGAGCAUUAUAAACAGUAUCUGAAGAAGGCCGGAAAGCCUGUACCUGAGUUUAUUCCAGAUGUUCAUGUUGAUGGCAAAGAGUUAUUCAAAACGAUGAUGUCAGAAACAGCACGCAUAGAUCCUUAUAUCUACUCUGCCCUUCAAUGUUUAAAAGAAAGUGGCAAGUAUACUUUGGCUGCAUUAACCAAUAACUUUGAAUUACCAGAGGACGAUCUUCAGGAGGCAGAGGCAAUGGGUGCUUCAGCGGCAAUCGAACUCCGUGCCAUUUUCGAUUACUUUAUAGAGUCACGCUUGGUCGGUCUUCGAAAGCCGGAUCCCAACUUUUUCCUUCAUGCCUGCAGGAUGUUAAAUAUUCAACCUAAUGAAGCUAUUUUUUUGGACGACAUUGGCAUGAACCUCCGAUCUGCUAGUCAGCUUGGAAUGAAAACUAUUCAGGUCAAGAUGGGUCAUUCAAAAGAAGCAGUUAAGCAGCUAGAAAGCCUAACAGGACUUGAUUUACUUGGCAAGGUCUCAAAAUCAAAGCUCUAA